AUGAGUCUCAUCCUUGACCUCUCGCCCCUCCGAAACAGCAUUCCCUGCCGCAUGCAUAUCACAAUCACUGACGAGCCCCACGGCCCCGCUUAUGCUGACGAAGACAAUAUCGUGAAGCGCGUGCGCCUCCAUGAAGUGGAAUAUACUGUCGGGGGUCUUUGUGAUCUGAUCGUUGCUAAUGACCUUGAUAGAUGUAACUAUGCCAGUGAUCGUUUUUAUCAGCAGAACAGGCAUUGGUUCAAGGUGCUUAUUGAGGAACUUGGGCGAAAUCAGAACAUUCCAGAACAGGAAGUGAGGGAUGCUCAAAAUGCUGUGAGCUUUGUUUGGAAGGGACCGGGGACUGGCAUUGACGAUCGUGUGAAUAUUGCAGUCGGGUCUACCGUGUUGAGGUGCACUAUUGAUCGUCGUGUGAGACACGACCUUGGUUUCUGA